AAAAAAAGAAAAAGAAACCAAUAAAAAGUAAGGGAAAUAUUUGAAAUCCCGAAAAUACCCAUUUCCCGAAUAAAGGCCAUCGAAAGACCUUGGCUUUCUUUCUUCUUCUCGACAACCGUCUGGUGAUCUCUCUCUAUCUCUUCUCCCUUUCUCUCCUCGUUUCUCUUCACUGUGAUAAAAUCAGUCAAUAAAAAUUAAACCAAAAUAAAAAAGGAAAAAUCUGUCUUCCUUUCUUUUUUCUCUUAUUUUGAUAAGCUUAAAAAUUUUUACCUCUCAAUUUCAUAGCCAUGACUAUCAUGACCCCUGCCCCCAUCGAUCAGCAAGAAGAUGAGGAAAUGCUCGUCCCGCAUUCUGAUUUGACCGACAAUCACCAGCCCAUGGAAGUUGUGGCGCAACCCGAGACUGGGAAUACUGUGGAAAAUCAACCAGUGGAGGAUCCUUCUUCAUCAAGAUUCACUUGGAGGAUUGAUAACUUCUCCAGGUUAAACACUAGGAAGCAUUAUUCUGAAGUCUUUGUUGUCGGCGGUUAUAAAUGGCGAAUACUGAUAUUUCCAAAGGGAAACAAUGUGGAUCAUUUGUCUAUGUAUUUGGAUGUUGCUGACUCAGCAAGUUUACCCUAUGGGUGGAGUAGAUAUGCGCAGUUCAGUUUGGCGGUAGUUAAUCAAAUUCAUAAUAAAUAUUCCAUCAGAAAAGACACACAGCAUCAGUUUAAUUCACGAGAAAGUGAUUGGGGUUUUACAUCCUUUAUGCCCCUUGGCGAGUUAUAUGAUCCUUGCAGAGGGUAUCUUGUGAAUGACGCUUUGAUCAUUGAAGCAGAGGUUGUUGUCCGCAGAAUUGUGGAUUACUGGACAUAUGACUCAAAGAAGGAAACUGGUUAUGUUGGACUUAAGAAUCAAGGAGCAACAUGUUACAUGAACUCUCUGCUCCAAACUCUGUAUCACAUUCCUUACUUCAGGAAGGCUGUGUAUCAUAUGCCUACAACUGAGAAUGAUAUGCCAUCUGGAAGCAUCCCUCUUGCUCUACAGAGUUUAUUUUACAAACUCCAGUACAGUGACAGCAGUGUUGCAACAAAAGAGCUGACCAAAUCUUUUGGAUGGGACACAUAUGAUUCUUUCAUGCAGCAUGAUGUUCAAGAACUUAAUAGGGUUCUGUGUGAAAAGCUUGAAGAUAAAAUGAAGGGAACUGUUGUGGAGGGCACCAUACAGCAGUUGUUUGAAGGGCACCAUAUGAACUAUAUUGAGUGCAUUAAUGUGGAUUACAAAUCUACAAGGAAGGAGUCAUUUUAUGACCUACAGCUCGAUGUUAAAGGCUGUCCUGAUGUAUAUGCUUCUUUUGAAAAGUAUGUUGAAGUUGAACGUCUUGAAGGUGAUAAUAAAUAUCAUGCUGAACAAUAUGGAUUGCAGGAUGCAAAGAAGGGUGUGUUGUUCAUUGACUUCCCUCCGGUCCUUCAACUUCAGCUUAAACGAUUUGAAUAUGAUUUUAUGCGGGACACUAUGGUCAAGAUUAAUGACCGCUAUGAAUUCCCUUUGCAACUUGACCUUGACCGAGAUGAUGGAAAAUACUUAUCACCAGAAUCUGAUAGGAGUGUUCGCAAUCUUUACACGCUUCACAGUGUCCUUGUUCACAGUGGUGGAGUGCAUGGUGGACAUUAUUAUGCAUUUAUCAGGCCGACUCUUUCUGAUCAAUGGUACAAAUUUGAUGAUGAAAGAGUGACCAAAGAAGAUAUGAAAAGGGCAUUAGAGGAGCAAUAUGGUGGUGAAGAAGAGUUACCACAGAUGAAUCCGGGAUUCAAUAAUACUCCUUUCAAAUUUACCAAAUAUUCAAAUGCAUACAUGCUGGUGUAUAUCCGUGAAAGUGACAAAGACAAGAUAAUAUGUAAUGUUGAUGAGAAGGAUAUCGCUGAACAUCUUAGGGAGAGGUUGAAGAAAGAACAAGAAGAAAAGGAGCAUAAAAAGAAAGAGAAGGCAGAGGCACACCUUUACACUAUUAUAAAGGUUGCACAAGAUGAUGAUCUUGCUGAGCAGAUUGGGAAGGAUAUAUAUUUUGAUCUUGUGAAUCAUGAUAAAGUAAGGAGUUUCCGUAUUCAGAAGCAGAUGACUUUCAAUGUGUUUAAGGAAGAGAUUGCUAAAGAGUUUGGCAUACCAGUGCAAUUUCAGCGUUUCUGGUUGUGGGCCAAGCGUCAAAACCAUACAUACCGUCCAAAUCGACCAUUGACACCUUUGGAGGAAACACAAUCUGUUGGAACAUUGAGGGAGGUAUCAAAUAAGGUUCACAAUGCAGAACUAAAGUUGUUCCUGGAAGUUGAGCUUGGGCUGGAUUUACGCCCAAUUGCUCCACCAGAUAAGACAAAGGAAGAUAUUUUACUGUUCUUCAAGCACUAUGAUCCUGAGAAAGAAGAGCUUCGCUUUGUUGGAAGGCUGUUUGUGAAAAGUGCAGGCAAGCCAAUAGAAAUUUUGUCCAAAUUAAACAAAAUGGCAGGGUAUGCUCCUGAUGAAGAGAUCGAUCUUUAUGAGGAAAUUAAGUUUGAGCCCAGUGUUAUGUGUGAACCAAUUGACAAGAAAAUCAUAUUCCGAGCUAGCCAGCUUGAGGAUGGUGACAUAGUUUGCUUUCAAAAGUCUCUCCCUGUUGAAAGUACUGAACAAUACCGCUAUCCAGAUGUUCCUUCAUUUUUGGAAUAUGUGCAUAAUCGUCAGGUUGUGCACUUUCGGUCUUUGGAAAAACCCAAGGAAGAUGAUUUUUGUUUGGAGAUGUCGAGGCUUUAUGCUUAUGAUGAUGUUGUUGAAAGAGUAGCUCAGAACCUUGGUUUGGAUGAUCCAUCAAAAAUCAGGCUAACUUCGCACAACUGUUACUCUCAGCAACCCAAACCUCAGCCUAUUAAGUACCGUGGAGUGGAUCAUUUGUCUGACAUGCUGGUCCACUACAAUCAGACUUCUGAUAUUUUGUACUAUGAAGUAUUAGACAUACCUCUGCCAGAAUUACAAUGUUUGAAAACCCUGAAGGUAGCAUUUCAUCAUGCUAUUAAGGAUGAAGUUGUUAUCCAUACUAUUAGGCUUCCAAAACAGAGCACUGUGGGUGAUGUGAUUAAUGAUCUUAAGACAAGGGUGGAGUUGUCUCAUCCUGAUGCAGAACUGAGGUUGCUUGAAGUUUUCUAUCACAAGAUCUACAAGAUUUUCCCACUUAGUGAGAAGAUUGAAAAUAUAAAUGACCAAUACUGGACACUACGGGCAGAAGAGAUCCCAGAAGAAGAGAAAAAUCUUGGUCCAAAUGAUCGCCUAAUUCAUGUUUACCACUUUACUAAGGAGACAGCUCAGAACCAAAUGCAAAUUCUGAAUUUUGGAGAACCCUUUUUCUUGGUUAUUCGUGAAGGUGAGACAUUGGCUGAAAUAAAAGUUCGAAUACAGAAGAAGCUGCAAGUUCCAGAUGAGGAGUUUGCUAAGUGGAAGUUUGCAUUCCUCUCACUUGGCCGGCCAGAGUACCUUCUAGAUUCUGAUAUUGUAUCUUGUCGUUUUCAGAGACGAGAUGUUUAUGGUGCUUGGGAGCAGUACCUUGGAUUGGAGCACUUUGACAAUGCUCCGAAAAGAGCUCAUGCAGCUAAUCAGAACCGGCACACUUUUGAGAAGCCAGUUAAAAUCUACAAUUAGGGACCAUUUUAAAUUACCUCCCUUGAUAACAUUGCACAAAAGGGUGGCUCUCUACAUGGAUUAUACGAGUGGGGAGAACACUUAAAGCAAAUGAAAAUGUGAGGCAACAAGUUAGCAUUCAGAUGGCAUCUGCUGCGACAUUUGCUUGUUUGAUUUGUUGGAUACGUGAUUCUUUUGCUAGUGUGAUAUCUAAUCAAGUGUCAAUUAUCGAUCCACUGAGCUUCUGCUACUUCUGUCUUUGAAUGGAGGUUGGCUCCGUCUGGAGUAAUGGGGUAAGUUGCCUGUGUAAUUUGACAGUACAUAAACAAGAUUUUGGAUUAGUAUAGAGAGUAUAGUUGGGGAGGACGUUGUCAUUUUCUCCCUCUUGUUUGUUUCCUGAUUUUGUAUGAUGCAUUUAGCAAAAUGGGGGGCUGUGUAAUGGUUGAUUGCCAUUCUUUUGAUGCCUAUGGCCUUAUGUCUACAUUCUCAUAUACGAAAUUUGCCAGACUCUGCAAUCCUAAACUU